AUCUUAGGUAGGCAUAUUUAUGAAAAUGAUUGAAAAAUACCUAUGUAGAAUUGUAGGCUUAGUAUUGACUUAAAACCUUGUAUGUUAUGACUAGCUUUUGACCCUAACAUACGUCGACCAUUAUACCUACAUAAUUGUUCGAUUACAAUAUACAAAUCUCAUAAAUGUAGUCCCUAUACAUUUUAGUUAAGUAAUCAGGCGCGGAUACAAGAUUUGGCUUAGGGGGGGGCCAUUUUGAGAAAAUAAUAUAUUUUUGCACAGAAAAUAAGGUAAAAAAAAUGUUACUCAAUUAAGUAAUGUGAGAGCCAGGGUUUUAGGGGGGGGCCAUUGCCCCUAUGCCCCCCCCCUUGUAUCCGCGCCUGUAAGUAAUAUAACUUGUUGCAUAAGAUCGUUAUUCGUCAUGGCCAGAAUAAAAAUAUACAAUGGUAAAAAUACACAAUAUUAUAAAUUUAUGCGAAAGUAAUUCUGUCUGUCAGUCAAACUGUUGACUCUUCACACUUACACCACUGAAGCGAUCUAGAUGUAACUUGGUAUGGAGAAAGGUUGAGUCCCGGGGAAGGACAUGGGAUAGUUUUUAUCAGCAUAAUUCGACGCUGACGAACUCACGGGCAGUAGUUUGUAAGGUGAGGGGGGCGAAGUGCGCCAUGCCGUCCAAGUGCGCACUUAAAUCGGCAUGCAGCAUUUCACCCUCCUCACCUAAUGCAAUAUUCAUCACAAUGAUCACUAAAUCAAUAAGACUGAGAACUUGGUACUUACAUAUAUAUUUGUAGCAAAGAGAUACGAGGGGUGAUCCAAAAGUAAUGAUAAUCAGUAUGAAAGAUACAUCACAUGUUUAAGUUGUGUUGUUAUUCAAUCUAGUCUUUUAUAGACUCGAUUUAUAUUUAUCGAUAUAUUCGAGCUUAUAUACUCACAUAGACCGUCGUUUCUCUAGACCUUCUGUUCAUAUUAAAAAAAAAUGUUUUUGUUGACCCUUAAGAAAUGCCUUCACAGCGUCCAUUACCUUGCUAUCAUCCAAAAAUGUGUUCCUUCUAAGGUGUUCCUUUUGCCGUGGAAAGGAAUAAAAGACGCUGGGGGAUAUAUCUGCCGAAUAUGGGCGGUUUUUCGAAACCUGCAUGAUGUAUGGUAACCACUGCAACAUCAGCCUUAUAGGGGGGGGGGGGGGGGUCUAUUCUUCAGCUGUUACCUAGGCACCCAACGAGCGGAUACAGUUUUCAUAUGUAAUGAAUGCGUUAAGAUUUUUUUAAUACUGCCGCUAAUUCAAUGUGUACUAAAAAUUUAGUAGACAAUUUUUUUUUCAAACAGAAGAACUUAGUAACGUCGCUCACUUCAGUUAUCGCCAUUUCCACGAAUUUUUUCCGACAACUCACGAGUAAAUGGAUUUAUCUCACUAACAAAUAUAUACUAUUUAAUUUUUUGAUUACUAUGUACUAGCCAGAAACGCUUUAAAAAGUUAUACCUUUUUUUUCUGUUUUCAUCCCCUAAUAGUACAUUACGAUACAAGUGCGAAAAAUAGGAAAUUCGAAACGAGUGGCGAUAUAUUAAACCACGACCGAAGGGAGUGUUUUAAAUCGACACGAGUUGCGAAUAACCUAUUCGCACAUGUAUCGUACAACGUUUUACAGUACAUAUGGCCCUUUAAAUGUUCGACACAGUGACGUAAUAUGCUAAUUUUCGCACUAGUGCGGUAAAGUAGCACCAUAUGUACUGUAAAAGUAUUUAAUUAUCAUUUCAUUACUUUAGGGUUACCCCUCGUAUUAGUUGUUAGAUGUGAAGUGUUAGAAAAAUCGUUUGCCCGAAUUUAACAGCUUAAGUAGAUGACGUUAUGCGGCGCUAUGUUUUGUUGUAUCUGAAUUGUCAAAUGUCAACUUUAGACAACCAGGGUUACAGCAUAAUGUACGGAACCGUACAGCGCCAUCUUCAUUAGCCGUCAGUUCGAAACAAUAACUUGUCUAAAGCCCCAUUUACACGGUUCAAGAACUUGCAUGCAAUUUUCGUUACAAUGCGGAAUUUGGUCGAUCGACUGAAUUCAUUUUACUUUUUAGUUAGAGUUAGAAGUAUACAUUGAAUAUUGCACGCAUGUUCUCGCCUCGCCUCCCGUGUCAAGGGCUUUAGACUUUACACGUCUUAUACCUACAAUCAAGUAAUCUUUGUAGUCCACCUGAUGAAAGUACUUGGAUAAAAGAGACGUGCCUCGUCAUUGCUGUAAAUGGCAUUGUUGAUUAUUUUUAGAAUUUUACAUUUAUGCGUUUAUCACACUGAUGCGGAUUAGUAAUGAACAUGCCCGGAAAAUCAUGUUUUUUCACCGGGUUUUAUUGAAAUUCUCUGUUUUUUCACGAUUUUUCAGAAAAAUAAAAAAUAUAAAAUCAAAAUAUUCCUUUAAAGAAAUAUUUCCCCGUAAACAGUUCUCCCGAGAUCUACAGCUCACAGAGCCGCUUAUAUUAUCUUCAAAGCAACUAGAUUAGGAAAUCAUGAUAGGUAAAUCAACUUAUUCUUUUCAGUCGUUGGCACGGUUUCGGUCUCCUGGGUCACUCUUAUAACCUCGGUUUUAUAGUAUUUAAAUUAACCAAACAUGCAUUUUUGUGGUUAUAAGAUCAUUACACAAUGAGCUACCUAUCUUUUAAGCGCCACUUACACCAUCCCACUAACCUGGGGUUAACCGGUUAAACCAUUAACUUAGUAUCAAAUUGUACUGGUAACUAUGGUAACUCCAGGUUUAACCGGGUAACCCCGGGUUAGUGGGAUGGUGCAAGUGGCCCGAAGCAUGUUAGUAUAUCGUUAUAAAUAUAUUGCUUCUACCAAACUGGGCCCUUAUUCGACAUGCUAAAAGUGACGUUUCGUGUUGAUUUCCAUUUGAUGUGAGAAAUAUUGUGACUUGUCGAAUUGCUAUUAUCGCCACCUGUCAGUGAACAAUAUCCACACUAGAGGCGGGGCGUUGUACCGGAAUAGUUUUUGGAACAGGUUAUUUGUAAUAGACUACUUUUAGCUUGUCGAGUAUUUAAGAGUACGGACUUUGAUUUCUGAAAUAAAACAAAUAUGAAACUUUUAUCACCUCGUACCUCCAUUCUUACCGUUACUUUAGGUAAAAUAAAAUUUUGUUAACAGAUGCUCGUCUGGGUGUCUGUUGUAUCUAAAAAUAAUGUAAUAAUAUAUAACAAAAAUAUGACAAUAGAUUCAUAGCCUUCACUCAAAACGUCACCAUAUUUCCGACCCUUACCGAAAUAAUAAGUCGAUAUUUGUAUAAAUAAUCCUUAUUUGUAAGACGCCUAAGCACGGCAAAUACGUAAACUGCCUAUUGGGGGUCAUACUCGUAAAACUGGUAUUUUAGACGUACUUUUGGUACGAGUAACAGAGACGUACUUUUGGUACGCAGUCCCAGCUCUAGUCAGGAUUCUAGUUGUCAAAUAUAAGCGUGUCGAAUACGUAUUAGUUAACUGUCAAAUGAAAUUAGAUCAACGGUAGACUUUUUUGUCGAUGGGUAUGGCUGCCAUGUUUGGAUUUAUGACAUUUAAAAGGGGAUCCUAAGGCAGAGAGUAGUUUUACCUGUACGAUUUUGAUUCUUCUACUGGACGCAAGAUGGAGUUAGCUGCCAAAUUCCUAUCAGGCUGACGCAACUAGGAAGAAAAAGUUUUGUAUGGAAUUUGUUUCGCAAAUCAUUGCCAACGAAGAAAAAGAAAACGUCAGUGCUAUUUAUUCUGUUAAGUUUACAUCAAGUCUACUGUCAGCCUAAUUGCUUUGUUUGUUUUGAAGGCUUCAAUGUUUUGUUCGGGUAUUUCGUGUAAUUUCUUUAUUAUUUAGUGCAAAAAUCGAAAAUAGUCAACCGUGAUCAGAGUAAAGAGCGAGUUUGUUACAAUGCCAGCGAGAAAACGGUUUACUAAGUGUGAAAUAUGUGGCAAGCGGACUUACUACGGAGGGAGGCGCCACUGAGCCAUUGUUUACAUUACUCUCCGUAUUUUUAAAUAAAAAGAAAUGUUUUCCCCGAGAAAUAACUGUUAAAAAGUGCAAGUGUGAUCUAUUUAGUGACAAUGAAUCGUGUGAACAAAUAGACAUCUGAAAAAUAUUGACAAUAAUUGGUGAAAACUACAAAAAUACGUCUGGAACUGUGAUUACCUACAUACCCACCUAUCUAAAAAGUGACAAAAGAUUUGUGAAAAAAUUAUUAAUGAGAAGUCAAUUCAAGAUAUGACUUAUUCGUGAUAUUUAUUAAAGUGAACUAAACAAGUGGAAUACAAUAAUUGACUUUAUAUCGCAGAAUCCAUGGUGAAAACUCAACUGUGUUAUUGAUAUUAGCGCCAUCUAGCGAUUAAUGUUGGAAUAAUUACAAUAGCCACUAAAGUAAAUUAUAAGCUACUCUUAAUCAGUCGAUCGCUUUAACCAAGAACAAAUUUCUUCUACAAAAUUUAAAUAGAGGGCGCGAAAAUCAAAGUUGAGCAAAAUGAAUGUAAUAGAAAAACUUUUAACGGAAAUGAGAAAUGAGAUGCAGGAAAAAUUUGCUAACAUAGAAAACUCCAUAGCCAAAUCUGAAGAAAAAAUUACGGCCAAUAUCAUAAGCAAUAUGAAUGAAAAAUUCAGCACCUUAUGCGGCGAAGUGAAUUCUUUACGCACCUUAACAGAAGAACAAGAAAAGAGGUUAAACGAAAUAGAAAAGAAGUCAGUUCAGAGGAACCUAGUAUUUUUUGGCAUAGAGGAAGGUGAAAAAUCAUAUCUAGAAUUGGAAGAAAAACUACACAAAAUUACAAAGGAAAAAAUGAAAUUAAAUAUAUCUGCAUCAGAAAUAGAAUCUGUUAGAAGGAUUGGCAUAAAAGGGAUUAAAACCCGACCAGUAUCCGUUACUUUCACAACCCUAGGAACAAAAAUUAAAAUUUUAAAGAAUAAAAAAUUAUUAGAAGGGUCUGGAUUAUAUAUUAAACAUGAAUAUCCGGCAAAAAUAUUAAAAAUCAGGGAAGAUUUAAAAUCACAACAAAAGCUCGAAAAAGAGAAAGGAAACGAGGCUUUUAUUCGCUACGACAAGCUAAUAAUAACAACCAACAAGAAAAAAACCAGUAACAAAAGACCACCAUCAUCAUCUCCAUUGCAAUCACACGAUGAAAGCUCCGAAACAAGGGAAUUACUAAAAACAACUAAGAAACACAAAGUUAACAAUCUCAUAACAGAAUACAUGAAACCUUCUGAAAGCACGAGCACUGAAGUGACAGAUCGCAGCAUGACGGCAUGA